AUGGUGUUUCAGUGCCUGGGCCAUGUGAGCGGCGCGCACGUAAACCCAGCAGUAACGGUGGGCCUGUUGUCAGCCGGCCACGUUUUCCUCCUGAGGGCCGUGAUGUACAUAGCGGCCCAGUGUGCUGGCGCAAUAGCUGCUGCUGUUGUCCUCAAGGCGCUGACACCAGAGGAGUCCGAGUCGACAUUAGGUGUGACGGCAGUCAGCCCACAUUUGACGCUGACGCAGGCGGUCUUCGUGGAGGCUUUCAUAACAUUCUUCUUGGUGAUGACGGUGUUUGGCGCCAGGUCUGCCAGGGGCAGUGCUGGAUUUGCCAUUGGCUUAUCCAUCACGACAUGCCACCUGUUCGCGAUGCAGUACACAGGUGCUAGCAUGAAUCCGGCUCGCUCACUUGGGCCUGCAAUGGUGACUGGUGUGUGGCACAAUCACUGGGUGUACUGGAUGGGACCACUCGCAGGAGGCAUUGCAGCUGGCGCCAUGUCCAGUUGUCUCUUCAGACCAAGCGUCCCUAAAGCACCAGUCAGACCAACUAGAGACUCUGAACACAGGGACAACCCUACAAAGGAAAUGGAAGAGCUUACAGGCCAGUUACACCAGAAAGUAAUUAAGACAAAAGACCGAAAAAAGAAUCUUGAAGAUAAAAUUGAUGCUUUAGAGUUUAAAACAAAUAGUCUGAUUUACAUAAUCAGUAUUAAAGUUGUAGACCUAGAGAGAAUAGUUACUAGUGAUGUAGAUGCAUUAAAAAUUGUGGGAGAUGUUGCCAUCCAUGGGCAUUUUAAAAUGUAUGAUGAUGUUGUUGUUGAUGAUGAUGAUGAUGAUGAUGAUGAUGAUGUAUUAGAGAUUAUUUGUGAGAAGUGA